GGGGGGGGGCUUCCACGCGCGGCGCGUCUGGGCCUCGUGGGCCUUCGCGCGGUGUCGCGCGGCCGUCUGGAAGCCGCGCGCGAGACACGGCCGGGUAGGGAGGCCUCGCGCGUCCACCUCCACGCCAUCGCCGCGGCGGGGGCGGACGGCGAAGGGCUGGGGAGGGGGCUGAAUAGGGCUUUGUUGUGUUACCUGUUAAUCCACCGUCCCCUGCUUUGCGUGGGGUGCGCGGGCCGCGCCGGACCAGAUGCCGCGCUGCUGGGCCUCUCGCGCCGUCGCUGGGGCUGCACUCCCGGCGUAAAAUGACAAGCCUCAAUCGGC